UCCUGUACAGUUGAUACUCCCACAGAAAAAUCAACAGGGUUCCUGUACUCCUGUACAGUUGAACUGCUACGUUAUAUCUUCUUCAAAGACAUCGCCUGUCAAAACCAAGACGACCUGUUUUGUUGUGGGCUCUUCGGUACUCCGCCUUUUACGCUAUUAUUCAAGCAUUUGCUAACUUCGAUGUUUGAAUAAUUUCCAUGGACGUUGUAGUAGCAUGAAUUACGUUUCCAUUUAAUUUAUUUUCCAGAAGAGCAAUGGGAUUGGCUUAACGUUUGUGCAUGCUCUCCUGGCUGUCUUCUUCAUCUUGAUUCUCUUCUCUGUUGCGCUUCUUUUUGGAGGUUAAAGGAUGAGAUUACAUCUCUCUAUGGUGGUGGAUCCUGAAAUUUGAUUCUGGAGUGGGCCAAAGGAGUUCAUUUCUUAUUCUUACUUUUUCAUUUUGGAAGAUGGCUGACGGGAGGCGACAUUCAGUCGAUAUUCCCAUAACAAGAACCCUCAUAGCCCUCAGGAGAGUGAGGUCACUACGGGAUCCAUCAACCAAUUCUAUGAGCAAAUUCUCUGCUUUGCUGGAAAAUGCCACCUGGGAAACAAAUUCCACCAAAGAAAUAUCUAUACAGUUUGCCGAUGUUUCCAAAGAAGGUCGCUUGAAUCACACUGGUCUUUCAGGAUGGAAAAAUUUAGGUCUUGAUGAACAUCAGGAGGAACAAGUUGAUAAUUUUGAUUCGCAAUAUGAUAUGGGAAGGUCCGAGUUAAUUUUCCGUGAGAGUUCGGGUGGAGUGAAAAGUAUGGAUGCUCCUCUUAGGACCGAAAAGGUUGAAGGGGAUAAUUGUGAGAGAGAGGCUAGUGGAACUAAGUUGUUGAGUGAAGAAUAUUAUGGCAGUCAUAGGAACAAAGUGUUGGAUUUGGUAUGCUCCACACCUUUGAGCAAUCAACUGGAGGACCGGGAUUCAACUAGUGGACCCAUUACAGGAUCUCCACUAGGAGAAAGUAUUGGCCGAUCUGCUCCCAGACAAAAACCUCGAUCCAAAAAUCAAGUCAAGUCAUACAGUGAGGAGGGUGACGUUUUGAGUCGUGCAGGUAGUCCAUGCUUAUCUGUCAGUGAUGCUUUGUCCAGCCAUAGCACGUCAUUGUUUGCUAAUGAAGAGACUGAUUUCAUGGUUCAAAAUGACCGUGGAUGUGGGAUAAGCUGCUGCUGGACUAAAACCCCAAGACUCAGAGAUUCAAAUCCAUAUUCCGAUGCAGAAGGCAAUCCAUUAUUGUCCAGAGAUGUAGCUGAGACAAUUCCUCGUGGGAAGAGGAGCUGGAAGCACACUACAAAUGAAACUCCUAGGAGUUUGAGUCAGAAAUUUAGGCCAAAAUCUUUUGAUGAAUUGGUGGGACAACAUGUAGUGGUAAGAUCUCUUUUGGGUGCCAUUUCUAAAGGAAGGAUAACCUCUUUAUAUCUCUUCCAUGGUCCUCGUGGUACAGGCAAGACCUCUGCCUCGAGGAUAUUUGCUGCUGCCCUGAAUUGCCUCUCACAUGAGUACAAACCAUGUGGGGUCUGCCGAGAAUGUGUUGCGUUCUUUUCUGGGAGGAGCCGGGAUGUGAAAGAAGUUGACUCCAUGAGAAUUAAUCGGACCAAAGGGAUUAGAUCUCUUAUAAAGAAUGCAUCAAUGCCAGCAAUUUCAUCACGUUUCAAAGUUUUCAUUGUUGACGAGUGUCAUUUGUUGCAUGAAGAGACAUGGGGAACUGUUUUGAAUAGCCUAGAGAACCUGUCGCAAAAUGUUGUCUUUGUGAUGAUCACUCCUGAACUUGAUAUGCUACCGAGAAGUGCAGUCUCUCGGUCUCAAAAAUAUCAUUUUCCAAAGAUAAAAGAUGCUGAUAUAGCCGGCAGAUUGAGGAAUAUCUGUGUUGAAGAAGAUCUUGACUUUGAUCAGGUUGCUUUAGACUUCAUUGCUGCUAAGUCAAGUGGUUCCCUUAGGGAUGCUGAAAUUAUGCUUGAUCAGUUGAGUUUGCUUGGUAAACGAAUUACAAUGUCCUUGGCCCAUGAGCUUAUUGGAGUGGUUUCUGAUGAUGAAUUGUUUGAUUUGCUGGAUCUGGCUUUGUCAUCUGACACGUCAAGCACUGUCAUAAGAGCCAGGGAAUUGAUGAGGUCCAGGAUUGAUCCUAUGCGACUUGUAUCACAGCUGGCAAAUCUCAUAAUGGAUGUUCUUGCUGGAAAAUGCCAAGAUAAUAGUUCUGAAGUCGGAAGAAAGUUUUCAAGGAAGCAUGCUUCUGAAGGAGACAUGCAGAGACUCAGUCAUGCAUUGAAAAUACUAUCUGAAAGUGAGAAGCAACUGAGGAUGUCAAAAAACCAAAGUACAUGGUUAACAGUAGCUCUUCUGCAGUUGAGCUCGCUGGAAGCCUCUCCCAUGGAUGUGAAUGAUUCAAAGUCUUCAAUGAGAAAUGGACAUGACCGAGAUGGGGACUUUUCGAGCACGCCAUCCACCGGGGAGAGCUUGAAGCAUCUUGUCCUGCAUUCAUGUGAAGACAGGAAGUCGGAAAGAUUGCAAGUACAAGGGGAUUGUAAAGUGACAUUGGAUUCCAUAUGGAAGAGAGCUAGUGAAUUAUGCAAAUCAAAUUCACUCAGGAAUUUUCUUAGGAAACAAGGGAAACUAUCUUCUCUUCAUUUUAAUAAAGGUCUGGCAGUAGCUGAAUUGGAAUUCCAUCAUCCAAACUAUGCAUCCAAGGCUGAAAAGUCAUGGAAGUUUAUUGCAAGUUCACUGCAAACAGUUCUGGGUUGUAACGUUGAAAUCCGGAUCAAUCUUGUAGUUUGUGCUCCUGUGUCAAAGUGUGCCAAACUAAGGAGGCUAUCUUUUAGUUUGUUUGGUUGUUCUCGGAUAACACGUCACAAGUCACAUCCACCCAUGGAAUGUGGAUGUGGAAGUGACUCCGACUACUCUGAUCACAUCUCUGAGAAGCCUAUGAUAAGGGAGAAAGCUAUUUCAGCCUGUCCCUCUGAUUGUGGAUCUCAAAUACCACACAGCUGUUAUCACAAAGUGGAAGUAGGGAAGGCUUUAAGAAAUAGUGAAGGUAAUGUGCUGAGCAUAGGGCCAACCUCAUCUCACAGAUCACUACCUAAUGAUACAUCCCAAACACCUGGGUAUGGGUUUCCUUCUUCAAAGGCUGGAGAAAGCGACCAUGACUAUACAAUUUUCUCUGGUCGAGAGGCUGAGGAUCAGCCGAACUGCUUUCCUAAAAGCCUUAGGCUGCCAAAGAAGUCUCGUUCUUCAGAGACUACUAAAGUGAUUCGUAUUUGUACUCAUCAAGAAAACAAGCUGGCAUUGUCUAUCCCUGGGAAGGAAUCUGUUGAAAACAUGCACCAUUGCCAGUGAUUCAUAUUUAUUAAGUGGCAACAACUACAACUCCACAAUUGAGAA